AUGGCUGCUGUCCAGUUUGAUGCUUCCGGUUCCGUAAAUGGAGAUCCAUUCGAUGAGGCCAAAGCAAAAAUACUGAAACAGCUGGAAUCUAAUGUUCCAGAUGCCUCUCCCAAAGGCCAUCCUGACAGCCCAAUCUUCCCAUUGCUGAAGGUUGUAAAUAGCCAUCCUGACUGGGUUACGACUAGUUCGUGCUCUGGACGAAUUUCCGUCUAUGUGCAAGGUGCGAAAACGAGAAAAGGUGGAGGUUACUGGCUCUUUGUUUCGCACGAGGCACAACAAGAGCUGCCGGAACAGCUGGAAAGUGCAAACGUACACUAUGACGAUGAAAAUUCGUUGGAAGAGGGGGAGCGUGAAGGUGCUCAACACGGAGUGUCGCGCGAUGUGCAGUUCGCCUUUGAACCAAUGAUUCUGCAUGUUCAAACGAGAACCAUGGAGUCGGCACAGAUGCUCCAUCGUGUCGCCGCCAGUUGUGGCUUCCGCGAGACGGGCAUUCAGGGCAGCGAUUCCAAACACAUUGUUGCCAUUCGUACAAGUCUUCGAAUCGAUGUUCCUCUGGGUCGGGCGUUCGCGCCGUCGGCGUCCAACGGCGAGCAAGCGGCGACUGGAGAAAACGUAUAUGCGUCGGUUGUUUCAGCUGACAACGGGCUAUUUUGA